CGGUCAUGCAGGGUAGUAAUUUUGCAAACUUCAUCCAUACCGUACAAUACCCAGUGAACCUCAGGAUCACAACUACACUUAACCUUGUUUGGUAUAUAGGUAUCUCCACCCCGCUAUCCAACUUUUUUUCUUUUCUUUUUAGGAUCCUCGUACAUACGGAGUAGGUUAUUAAUUUAAUCCAAUAUUUUUUUAUUUUUAUUUUUAUUUUUAAUUUUAUCCGGUUUUACUUUUUUUCUUCCAUGCAUACUAACUUUUUCUAGACACUCCGC